ACAGGGUCGUAGAAAUAAGUAAAGGUUUUGUUCCACACGUUCAGGAAUGGGCGGUGCGUUGUCUGUGUGGAAGGAAUCCGCCAUCAGCGCAAACAGGCGCGAGGGCUCCUUGACGACCUCCUCUCACGCCCUGGAGCCAUCACCACCAACACCAUCGACAAAACCAUUAUCCUCUCCUUCGACGCCAUCCUACGGUCUUCUACUCAUGUCAUCGCUCGGGAUAGUGGGAUGCGGCGUGGCUGCGGGUUUGUACCGCGCGAACCGCGACACGGAAGGGAUGGAGGAAUGGCGCAAGUUGCCCCCAAGUCAGCAAGUGAAGCAUUGGAAACGCGAUCCUCAUGCCGAAUUCAACCCGACUCGAUUCGCAGGCAAGGCCCUUGCAGUAGGAACGGUUUUGUGCCUGAGCGCGACAGGCACCUUAGCCUUCGUGGUUGGACGCGCGAUGGGGGUGGGCACUGUGGAAGAAUUUACACAGAAAUUGAAGGUGUGGGCCCCGGCGAAACGAAGAGAGCUGGAGGCUUGGCUGAAGAUCAAGCCUAACGCGUCCUUAGAAAGAGAGAGGGAGCGGCUAGCCGCCAUGUCAUACGAAGAGGAGAUCGAUUACUGGGAACGAGUGGUUGUGGCGGAGGAGGAGGGAAAGUAGGACAAGCAAAGAGUGUGGGAUUUUGUAAACGAACGGAUGGCGAGGGUUAAAGGACAGGAGGGGCGGCCGAAACGCUUUCUCGAGGUGGCUAUAGUAGGAGCCUCGCAGAGCUUUUAUCUUCGACGGCCAUCGGCUUCCACUUUUUCGACGCAUUGCUACAAAGCCCGUGUGUAUAAAGCAACGAGUGGAGGGAUGACCGACACCCGCAUGUAUGAUAUCAUCGCAAUGUACUUUAAAGUAAAUAAAACAAUUUUGACGUCCA